CUUUAUUCAACAGAGAGGGUCUCACAAGCUGCUCCUGGAACACCUCUGGCUUUGCACGAAUUUCAGGAAUUGCACAAAUUUAUCCUUAAUCAGGACUUCUGCACAAGGACAUUUCUUUUCACUUCAAUCAGAGGAUUAUAAUACAUUGGAUUCUCUUAAACAGAUUCAUCAUGUGUACCGGGAAAUGUGCAAAGUGCACAGGGGCACUCCUGCUCCCUCUGGGGCUGUGUGCCAUCAUCGCUAACAUCCUGCUGUUUUUCCCAAAUGGGGAGGUUUUGACCACAGACCAAAUUACUGGAUAUGUGUGGUUUUUUCAUGGCAUUGUUGGAGGAGGUAUUCUGGUAUUCCUACCAGCUCUGGUGAUGAAGGCAGUCGGGGGAGAGGGCUGCUGUGCCAACAGGUGUGGGAUGAUGGUUACCAUGGUGAUGUCAGUGCUGGGUGCUGGAGGGGCAUUGUUCUCUAUGGUCAUCUCAGCAUUGGGCCUACAGGAUGGCCCCCUCUGCAGAACAAGCAAUGGAAAUUUUGAGUACCCCUUCCUUAACCAGACACAGACAGAGAGUUACUUAUUCAAUCAGACCAUGUGGUCAGAGUGCCUAUGGCCUGAGAAUGUGGUCGUGUGGAACAUCACACUCUUCUCCAUCCUUCUGGCCCUGGGGACAGCAGAAGCUCUGCUCUGCCUCUUCCAGGUCAUCAACAGUCUGCUUGGGUGCCUAUGUGGCACUUGUAUGAGGAAACGACAGACUGGUGUGGCCUGAAAGAAGGUGGAAGAUAAUCCAGUGUCCUAUUCCUUCUCUUACCUCUUCUUACAAAGGUUUUCACUCACAUGUAAAUGCUGCUUAUGGAAAGUACUGCAGUUGCUAUCAAAGAGCAGACUAUAAACAUAAGAUGUAUAAUGGAGACAGGUUGUUUAAUAUGUUAUUGUAAUUGUGAGAUUGUAAUUAAUUUAAUCCAAUUUUUAUAUUUAUAAGACUUGUAUAUGGGCAUAAAGGACAGAUAAUAAAAUACAGUCUUUGGUUCUUUUACAAAUAAAGCAAUCAUUGUUAAUUGGCUAAAAAGUAUAAAAUUAAGAAAAUAAAGAACUAGUUUAUAGUAUUAUAGUAUUUUACUAUAAAUCCGACACCACGUGAAAGCCAGACUACUCCAUGAAAAUGAAGUGGUGUCAGAUUUAUGGUCUAUACAAGUUUCCCACAGGAAUGGCUCACUUGAACACCUUGUUAUGUCAGAUGAACAUGUCGGGAAAACUGGGAUUCUACAUGCAGCAUGAAUUUUUGACGUACUCACUCUUGACAACAUUAACCAUGGAGGCUUAA